GCUAUGCACAAAAUUUGCAGUUUCAAGGUCAGUCGGAUGUUUCUGGUUUCUAAAUAAGAUAACAUUGCAUUGUAAAUGGUUACACGAGAUGUUACAGAAGGUCAACCUGAUUACACUGAAAUGAAAAAUCGCAAUAGUAAUUCUGAUCAUUCAGGAACAGAAAGCUGUCGCGUUAUUCAAGUAAAUAAACCUCAGUUAGUCAGCUUCUGCAAGAAUGAUAUAAGCACUGCAAAAUACAAUUUCCUUACUUUUCUCCCGAAAUUCUUGAUUGAACAGUUCCGUAGAUAUGCAAAUAUAUUUUUCCUGGUUAUCGCUCUUCUCCAGCAAAUUCCUGGUGUCUCACCUACUGGAAGAUUCACAACUCUCGUUCCUCUCUGCAUUAUACUUACUGUCUCAGCCAUUAAAGAAAUGAUAGAGGAUUUUAGGCGACAUCGUGCAGAUGACGCUACGAAUAACGAGAAGACUCUAGUAUUACGUGAUCAUAUUUGGGUUGAAACGUGUUGGAAAGAUUUGGAAGUAGGGGAUCUAGUCAAAGUCCUCAGUAACGAAGGGAUCCCAGCCGAUAUUGUCCUUUUAGCAUCUAGUGAACCUCAGGCUAUGUGUUAUAUUGAAACCAGUAAUCUAGAUGGAGAAACAAACUUGAAGUUACGCCAAGGUCUACCAGUUACAAGUCAUCUUUUAACUGCUGGCGAAUUAAGUUCUUUCGACGCAGUUGUUGAAUGUGAACUACCUAAUCGGAAGCUGGAUGAAUUUCUUGGUGUUAUUCGUACUGCAGAUGGAACAGUACAUCCUUUAAAUCCAACUCAAUUAAUUUUACGAGGUGCAUCAUUAAAGAAUACAAAAUGGAUUUUCGGUUUAGCUGUGUAUACUGGCAAAGAAUCUAAAGUGAUGCUGAAUUCAACAGCAGCUCCUUUGAAACGAUCAACAGUUGAACGUCAAACUAAUUCUUAUAUCUUAUGUUUAUUCGGAGUUCUACUCUUUUUGACUCUAUUCACAUUCAUUGCGAAUUUAAUUUGGACAUCAUGGAAUGAGAAAAAAAUGUGGUAUCUACAAGAAAAUGCUGAUACUAGAAACCAUCUUCGACGUUUACUGGAUUUUAUCACCUGUCUCAUUUUGUAUAAUACCAUCAUACCAAUCAGUCUACCGGUGAUGCUUGAAGUUGUGCGAUUUAUACAAGCAUUGUAUAUUAAUUGGGAUUCAGAUAUGUAUGACCCGGAAUCAGAUACACCAGCUAUGGCACGUACUUCUAAUUUAAAUGAAGAAUUAGGUCAAGUUCGUUACUUAUUCUCUGAUAAGACUGGAACAUUAACUCGUAAUGUGAUGGAGUUCAAAAGGUGUUCAAUUGGUGGUAUUAUGUAUGGUAACAGUAAUGAAGAUUCAAAUGCUUUAGAAGAUCAAAAUCUAAUUAAUAAACUAAAUGCUAGAGAUGUAUUAGUUGAUCGAUUUUUUACAAUAUUAGCUGUUUGUCAUACUGUUGUACCAGAACGCAAUGUUAGUGAAAACAGUACUAAUGAUAGUAAUAGUGAUAAUAUUGCUGUUUUUGGUAAUGGUAGUCUCAAUAAUGAACAAUUGAUUAAUUAUCAAGCUUCAUCUCCAGAUGAAGCAGCUCUAGUUAAAGCAGCACGUACAAUGGGCUAUGUGUUUACCACUCGAACGCCGACAGAAGUUAUCGUUAAAAUUCGUGGUGUCGAGAAAAAGUAUGGGAUAUUACAUGUACUUGAAUUUACUAGUUUUCGUAAACGUAUGGGUGUUGUAGUUCGUGAACCUAAUGGACGUAUUUCCGUUAUGGUUAAAGGAGCGGAUACUGUUAUAUUUGAACGAUUGGCCAACACUAGCCUAUAUGGUCAGUCAACUAUGGAUCAUUUGGAAAGUUUUGCUAAAACUGGUCUACGAACAUUAUGCAUUGCAUGGACUGAAGUCGAUCCACUGUUUUAUAAUAAAUGGGCAGAAAGAUUUCACAAAGCUAGCACAGCAUUAAAUGAUCGUGAGGCUAAGCUAGAAUCGGUCGCUAAUGAAAUUGAACAAAAUCUUCAACUUCUUGGAGCAACUGCUAUUGAAGAUAGAUUACAAGAAGGUGUACCACAGACUAUAGCUAAUUUAAUGAGAGCAGGUAUUUCUAUUUGGGUUCUGACUGGGGAUAAACAAGAGACUGCCAUCAAUAUUGGUUAUUCAUGUCAAUUAUUAACUCAAUCUAUAAGUUUAUUAACUAUGAAUACAAAGUCAUUAGAUCAGACACGUGAACAAUUAGUUAAUUUAAUUGAAGAUUUUGGUGAUCGAAUACGAAUGGAAAAUGAAUUCGCUUUAAUUGUUGAUGGUCAAACACUGGAGUAUGCGUUAUUAUGUGAAUGUAGAGAACAAUUUCUGAAUGUUGCUUUAUCCUGUAAAUCGGUUAUAUGUUGCAGAGUUAGUCCGUGGCAAAAAGCGCAAUUAGUAAAAUUAGUUCGUAAAUCAAUUAAGAAUGUAGUCACAUUAGCUAUAGGCGAUGGAGCAAAUGAUGUUGGAAUGAUACAAGCAGCUCAUGUUGGUGUUGGAAUAAGCGGUAUGGAAGGCCGACAAGCGGCAUGUGCUUCAGACUAUACAAUAGCACAAUUUCGUUUCUUAAAUAAAUUACUAUUAGUACAUGGUGCUUGGAAUUAUAAUCGAUUAACUAAAUUAAUACUUUAUUCAUUUUAUAAAAAUGUUUGUCUUUAUUUAAUACAAUUUUGGUUUGCUAUAUUAAGUGGAUUUUCUGGUCAAAUUGUAUUUGAACGAUGGAGUAUUGGUUUAUAUAAUGUGAUAUUCACUGCAGCUCCACCAAUGGCGUUAGGAUUGUUUGAUCGAAGUUGUAGCGUUAAUAAUUGUUUAAAAUAUCCGGAAUUGUAUAGAGAUACUCAAGCAUCAGCUUCAUUCAAUCCGAAAGUUUUCUUUUGUUGGAUCCUCAAUUCAAUUUAUCAUUCAUCUCUCCUAUUUUGGAUCCCAUUGUUGGCUUUCUCUGUAGACACUGUCUAUGCAAAUGGCCAAACUUCAAGUUUAUUUGUCUUGGGCAAUAGCGUUUAUACUUAUGUAGUUGUGACAGUUUGUUUGAAAGCUGGUCUAGAGCAUACCGCAUGGACAUGGUUAUCACAUUUAGCAAUAUGGAGUAGUAUGGGUUGUUGGUUCUUAUUUCUGAUCAUCUAUCCUCAUGUUUAUCCAACUUUACCAUUGGCAUCAGAUAUGGUUGGCAUGGAUUCCGCUGUUUAUGGAUGCGGUAUUUUCUGGUUUGGUCUCUUACUAAUACCUAUGCUGGCGUUGACACGUGAUAUUGCUUGGAAAAUAGCUAAACGUGUUACAGCUGGUACAUUACGUGAACAAGUUAUGCAAAUGGAACAAAUGCAAGUUGAUCCUGGUCGUUUGAUUCGUGCCAGUAUUCGUCCAAAAAAAGCGUCAAUUGCUUGUAACUCUACAAAGUGAAAUAUAUCUUCUGUCUAUAAAUGUAUAUAUGUAUAUAUUUGUGUGAAAGAGAGAUAACCGAUAAUUAACAAGCACCCACACCUACCAAUACCACCUACGCACAUUCACAUGUGUACAUAUGAAGAUCAUCUCAUCAAAAUUUACAAUGAAUGCAUUUUAUUUUAUGAUCUCUGAAUGAUGCUUGACUAAUUGGGUUUGGUUGGUAUACACAAUGAUGAUCACAGCGGUAAUAAUGAUGAGGAGGAGGAGGAAGAGGAGAACGUGGGGGAGGAGAAGGAAGAUUGAUUACCACUUCUAGCUACUCAUCUGGCAAAAAUGUGCAUUUUUUAAAAAUCUAUUUAGAUUACACCUGUUUUAAAUGCAUAUCACUAUAUUUCCGGUUGAUUUACAUGGAUGUAAAUUCUAUCGUUCUCUUGAUUCUUUGGUCUGGCUGUGUCAGACUUAUUUAAGUUUAUAGCGUAAUACAAAAUAGAUUCAGAGAGUUUGUUUAUUUUCUUCCCGAAUUUCAGAGGACAUUGUUUCAACGUUGAUCUUGGUUUCUUUCUCUUUAUUUUUAUAAAUCUGUAUUGGCACAUUUUAUACUCCUGAUAGAUAGUACUACUGUUUCAUCUAUAUUCUCCAUGACUUAUGUACGUGCUCGAGUCUUAGUUACAACUUCCCCAUCCCACCUUGCCGCCCUCCUCUCAUUUCUUAACUUGAUUUAUAUAUGCACGAAUUUCCUGAUGGUGGUGACAUGCCUGGAUUCUAUGCUUAUGUUAUACUGUGUUUAAUGGUUCCCUACAAACACACUCACUAUGCUACAUUUUUAAUUGAAUUUAGUAUACCACAGAAACUGUGUAUCAUAACUUAAUCAUACUGUUGAAGAUAACAUCAAAUAACCCUCAAACACAAUGCAUUCUAAAAAUCUAUACAUAAUAUAUACACUUGAUACAAACGCAUGUAUACACCAACAAUCGAUUGAUUGAUUGAUUACUAACCUUGAGUUUUUGUCGUUAUUGUUUUUGCAUGUAUUCAUCACAAAUCCACACUUUUCUGCAUAGAGAUAAACAAUUUGAUUUUACUUACUAAUCAAUCAUCAAUGUUCAAUGUUC